AUGACUGCAUACUCCCGCACCACUCCUCUCCACCCACGCCUUUUCGAGCUUCAACUACAUCAGGAUGAAGGUGCCGCUCAUUCAUCCAUCUACAACAGAGCUCUCGAUAUCUGCAGGAUUGACCGCGCCGAUUUCAACAGAUAUGACUUUUUGUUUAUUCUUGAAACGAUCCAGGAUUACUCCACGAGCCAGCAACAAUUUUGGGAGUCCAUCUCCGUCUUGGCGCGUUCAUCAAUGGCUCGCAUGGGCAAAGUCGGCGGCGAAGAGUCACAGCUAUGGCAACGAGCGAUCGCUAGCGCAGUUCUGGGAGUCUUCUUGAGGCAGGAUCAGACGCGGUUUUUGCGUCAGGUCGAGAUUUUGGCCCAGAGUUCCGUGGGUUUAUCGGGAAUCGAGUCAAUGACCCAUGCGGAGGAUGAGUCAUUGCAAGAUUCACAACCGACAAUGUCAGAUGCAACGAUCCUUGCCUCCACCAUGCUGGACAGCCUGCUUCUGAUGUUGAACAAGAAGCGCGCCAUGGACUUGUUCGAGGCCUUGGGAGAGAGCGAUGUUGUUUUACCCAGUCGUUACCUUACCAGCUUUAUUCGAAUCGCGGUCAGCCAACUCGACGGAUUUCUUCUAGAGCGGAUCGGGAACAUGCUUCUUAGCAACGAGAGGUUCUCUCAGGACUUUCCGCGGGAUACAACUGUCGUGUCGGGGUCUCGGGCGAGACCGAUACAUCUCUCCGCCAAGGCCAUGGAUUCCUUCGUCCAUGGGGCGUGUGAGAACGAACUUUUUGAUCUCGCAAGGACUGUGUUUGAUCAGACUCUGGAUGCGGGGCGAAGAUACAGAGUCUCGACCUUCAACAGGAUCUUGAACUCUUACUCCGUCAAAGGCUUUGGGUUCGACAUCGUGGCAGCAGCAGAGGCUGAGAGCAAGAAGGCAAAACGUCGGCGCAGUUCAUCACGGGGCAGGGUCGACGUGUCUGGAGCCGUAUCAAGCCAGGAUCAUCUUACGGAGUCUGAAGUCAACAAUCCGGCGACUGCAAGGGCGAUUGCGGUGGUGGGUCCGAGGGAUGUCGCAAAAUACGUGGUAGCGAUGAGGGAUCAAGGAGUGGUUCCGAACAUAGUGACUUUGAAUGUCCUGGUCAAGUUGUAUCUCGAGAUGGCCCAGUACAAGGUCCCAGAGGCGCCCUAUUGGAAAACUGCCUUCAGGACCUACAACCCAUCGAAACUUAAACCCGAUCUGGUGACCAACAACACCCUGCUCGCUUAUUACGAGAAGCAUAGAGACCUGGCCACUAUGAAGAGGAUCUACGACAGCAUGGCCGGCGUUGCUACCACAGUCCAACAGUCCAAGCGAGACCUGAGACUCCAGGCCAAGAUGGUUCAGGACGGUGCCGUUGAAGUGCAACUUGAGGGCAAGGACGGUCAAAUGCAUCAGCAGCAGCAACAGCCUCAUCUUCAGCACCAACUUCGACGUACUCGAUCCAGCCGUGACAUCUACACCUACAACACGAUGCUUCACGCCCUUUUGCAACACGCCGUCGAAUCCAAGGAUAUCGCUUCUAUCGGGCAGUGCUUUUAUGACAUGGAGCAAGACGGCAUUACAGCCGAUACAGUCACCUUCAACACCAACAUCCUCUAUCAUAUUACUGGAGGCAAUCUUUCGUCCGCCACCCAGGUCUUUCGCAGCAUGGAGCGCACCGCGAAGUCGCUGAGGGAGUCUGCACUUGAGCAGGAUAUCGAUCCGCUGUCGGACCCUCAGCUAGCCCGGACUCGUUCAAAGCCUGUCAAGUCCGCUUCCACGUAUGCUACGCUCUCAAGUCUCUCACAAGAUACCAACCCUCCCAGGGUUGUCUCUCCAAGUGUUUCAGGGAACGCGUCGUCCCCUCACGCCACCGUAGAUCCUGCUCCUGCCCCUGCUCCCGACGUGGUGACUCUAACAUCUCUUAUCAGCGGCUUUGGACAAGCGAAUCAGAUGAAAAAAGCGACACAGUACUUCAAGGAGAUGACGGACCGGUACAGGAUUCAGCCCAACCUGAAGACCUACUCGACGAUCGUGGCAGGACUUCAUCGCACCGGAAACCACGAAAAGGCGGAGAAGGUAUGGGAUAUUGUGUUGGAGGAGGACAGCCCGGCUCAUCAAAACUCGUCCCCGACUUGGGAUGCAUCCGCGGUCGCCGAUGACGAUGUGGAGCAAGAGCCCUCAACAACUCUGACCAUCAUGGAGAGGAGGCAAGUGGAGGCACGGAGGAAGUUGUACAACGACUCUUUAAAUGGAUAG